AGAUUUAUUUAUUGUAAGAAAUUGUCAACAAUCUUUGGCGUAUGAUAUAAAUAAAUUAAGUAAGCGUCAAAUAAUACGUUUCAAUGUGUUAUACAUAUAGUGCUAUUUUAUAAUUUGAGGACCAAGGCAAGAUUAACUUUAUGUUUGCUUACGUAUUGCACGCCGAAAAAUAUGAUCUCCUUUAUUUAAAAGUGAAAUAGAAAUGAAGAUUUUCGACAUCUACCUCAUCUUCAUUCCAAUAAGUGCAUUUUAUUGCACUGGCUCACUAGUCCCGAGGAAAAGGAUUUCAUUAAUUCCAAAAAAUCAACAAACAGAAAAAGACUUUGGAAAGGUAAUUAAAAAGGACCAUGUGUUACUGAACGAUGAGUUGGUAACACACGAUCCAAAUCGACCUGAAGUUCUACAAUUAAUUUGGCUUCAAGAGACCACACGCAAUUUGAGUUCAUCUGAAGAAGAAGCUGAAGAUGUUCCUAACUCCAGCGUGCAGGCGUCGCCUGGACUAGAAGCAGGAAGAAAGGUACACGAGAAAAAGCCUUCACCUCGCGAAGAGAAAGAAAAUGCGGUCUCUGAUGGCAUCAAACACCCGCUUGCCGAGACAAGGUUCCAGUUUUUUCUCUAUGAUCAUGAGGGGCGAUUCGUUCAAAAAUGGAUAACAUUGCAACAAAUACAGGACUUGCUCAUCUCCCACCGCGUCCGGUUUGUGAGCGCCGACGACAACGAAGUUCCUAACGAUGGCACAACAGCCACAGAGCCUCCCAGUCCCAUGCUGGUGGCGGGGGCGGCGUGGGACUCUGCGGUCAUCCAGAGGCCUGACGUCAACAUUGACGGGGUUGUUAACACGGUCCACAAGGUGAUGGCAGAUGAGAUGGCUAAUAAUGGAAUCGUGGAGAGCACCACAACCAUGGACGAGGGAGAGAUAGCCACGUUAUCCACUAACAUCAUCCAGCAGCUCAUUCGAGAACAAUUCGUUCAGUUCUUAGCCAACAAUUCGAUCGUGACUCCUUCAGGAAAUAAUCCCAAAAAUGACUCGAAUGCAAACUAUUUUAUUUCGAAUCCAAGUAUUAACGAUGUCUUCCUUGAUACUUCUCAUUACGAUUCAUUUGAUGUAAAUUCUCUGUUCAAUCAAUCUUGGUUGCCUGUAACUGAUGGGACCGCUUUAGAAAAUGAAAUCACUACACAUGGAGUCAUUUUAGAAAAUGAAAUCACUGAACGGGAAAAUGAAGCGCAUGAUAUUAAUCUGGAGAGAUCGGAACUCAUUUUCGACACGGACACCGAAGAAAGUCCGAACAGCAAUGGAGAUGUUCUAGAAAUUAAUACAAUUUUUUCGGUCAGCAAUUCUACUAACGAUAACAUUAAUUCGGAUUCUAUUGAAAGCAUGCCCCUUUCAACUAACUUCACUAGUGAUAACACAGAUAUUAUGAAUCAGCGAUUUACGAUCGUCACCUAUUCUCAUCCGUAUUCAAUGGCUUCUACGACAAUUAGUGCAAAUGAUUUACAGGGUGCUACCGAGGGUAAAGUAUUUGAAGCAACACGAAGUAGCGGCGAAAAUUAUUAUGAAGAAUCAACUGUAUCCAGUUUUGCUCAGGUCUCAACUCAGACUCUCGAGUCGACUACAACUCAAAGGCCUGAGUCAAUUUCUCUUCAGGCCAAGGAGCCAAACGAAAAUGGCGAUUUGGAUGUUGGGGUCGAUGAUACAGGAGAUUCGUCAUCAGAAUUGAUUGAUAACAUUGAGGAGGGAACAAACUCGCAUCCAAAUUACCUGUAUGAUUACGACUACGAUUCUCCCACCGUUCACUUCUCGAACGUCCUUCCACCGUCACAAAUGGCGACUGAUGCAUUCGAAGAUGGAAUGGACUUCAAAGAUGACUCUGAAAAUUAUGACUACUAUAGUCAAAACAUAUACUUGGAUGACGAAACUCAGGACUAUUACGAGCAGCAACAUCACUCCAACCAAUACAAUGCGUCGAAGAUGGCCAUGCCUUCCAAGCUGGACUUUCCAGGCAAGGACGUGGCAGCCUCCUACCAUCCGGUGGAGGUUCCCAGCGACAUGACGCGCCCUUUGGGUUCAAGACCAAGUGCGAACUCGAACAUUUCCCUCGCUUCCGUUGUCGUAACACCGGUCAGGGAUAAUUUUACAAGCUCUGGACCUGACGCUCUAUCGGGUCAAGAAAUGCUGACUCAACUCGGCGUCUCAGUGCCACCCAAAAGCAAUAUUUUACGACAAGCGCCAUCUGGAAAUCUCGGGCUUGAAGAAACCACCAAGAACCUUAGCCCCACCAUAAGACAGUUCAUCAAUACAAUGAACGACGUUUCAUUCGAUGUAUACCGGCAUGGCGCCCACUUACAUCGGUCUCGGAAUUUCGGGCUAUCUCCUAUGAACCUAAUUUCCACGUUGUCGAUGCUGCUGCUCGGGUCGAGAGGCAACACGUCCGCGGUGCUAGGGGACCUUCUACGAACGGAUGAUUUCCGUAACUUCAAUCCUCACUUGCUGCUUAAAAAUAUCCGAGCCGAAAUAUUCAAGAACAACGUGAACAGCAACAUCGUUUUCUCAAACCACAUGUUUGUGGAAUUACCUCGACAAAACAGUGUGCACAGCCUGGACUUCUUUCGACAAACCAUAGAUUAUUUUUAUGGAGCCACCAUCGAGGAGGCGGACUGGUCAACCGUAGGCGCCAAGGCCCGAAUGCGCGUCAACGAGGCGGUGGUGAACCAAACCGACGGCCGAGUCCUAACCCUCCUGGAUGAGGAUGCUAAAGUUGAUAUCCGUAGUCCCUUCAGUAUCGUGUCGAGUUCACUUAUGCAGUCUCCAUGGUCAGUGCCGCUCCUAGAAUCAGACUUGUUCGACAUGAGUUUCAUCAGAUUCCCGUCAGCUGAGCGAAGACUCGUCAGAACGAUUGGCAUCAGCAAGAAAAUGACGGUCAACGCUGGGUAUUCUAGAGAGGAAGACGCCACAAUUGCAGAGAUUCCUCUGUCGUUGCUGGGUGGAGAGCUCUCGAUGAUCCUCGUGCUGCCAGGAGAGCAGAAGAAUUUCGUAGCAAACGGCCUGAAGCUCAUCGAGACCCGGCUGACGUCAGAGCGCUGGAGUUCGCUGUUGCGUGCGGUGCAUCCACACACACUGACGGUACAGGUGCCGCUGUUCCGGCACCGCGCCUACACAGACGUCGCUCCUUUGCUCAAACUCAUGAACCUACAAACUAUCUUUGAGGAGAAAGAAACCGACUACUCGGGCGUGAACUCCAUCAAGUCCCUUCAUUUGGCUGACGUAGUCCAACUUACGGAAUUUCACUCAUGUUUGCUGGAAAAUUCAUCAUUCUCAUUUAGAAGUGUUUUUUUACCACUAGCAUCGACAGCUGAGGACCCCUAUGAUUCAUCGUCUAAUGUCACAAGCCGUUUCCAGUCAAGGUAUUCAGAAAAUCUGCAGGUGAAGGACGCGCGUGUCUCUCAAUCGGAUGAGUCAAUUGGUCAAGAAAAGCGCGGGAAAAACGAGCCGCAAUCUCCGUCAUGGCGACUCUUGAAAGAUUAUCCUGGAUUCGAUUAUCAAGAAUUUAAACUGGGCCAGAGGAGACAUAAAAAAUUGGAGAUCGCAGACACAUUCGAAAAUGAGAAAUCCCAUAAAAUGAACACGGAAAAAAGAACGAAUAAUGAUGUAUUGAAGAAAUCUGGGGGAAUGAAUGUCAUUGGAGAGCUUACAGAAGGCCCACUAAAAUACGAGUCCCUAUUUGAUGGCGCCGAAGGGGUACAAAUUAAAUUUGAAGCAAAACAAGAGAGUGUGAACCUAAAACAGAAACCUCGAAACUUGUCUAGUGAUCAAGAACAUGUGAAAGGAAGCAGUGUUCGUAAUGUUUGGAAAAACGUUUCCGAGUCACGCCGGGCAGCUCAGAAUCCUAAGAGGCGCAAGCGGCCACGAAAUCAAAAAGGUCCGACUGUUGCCUUUGAUCGAGCGUUCAUGUACGCUAUACGUCACAAUCCUACAGGACUUAUAUUACACAUUGGCAGAUAUUUGGAUCCUAUUUAACAUGGGUCGUGUUAAGAAAACAUAAUAUCACGCAAUGAUAUUAACAGAUGUACGUACUAAUAGCAUAUUAUUUUUGUAAAUUUAUCAAUAUAUUGAUGAA